AUGAUGCGAAAAUGCCAUCUGAACACCUGUACUGUAGGAAUUGCUACGCAGGAUCCUAUUCUCCGAGCUAAAUUCGAAGAAAAACCAGAACAUGUAGUGAACUUCAUGUUUAUGGUAGCCGAAGAGGUUCGCUACUUCCUAUCGCGAUUGGGUCUCCGCACUCUUAGUGAGGCUAUUGGACGAACAGAUCUUUUAUAUGCUAGUCGAAACCCAGUCAAUAAGAAGACUGUCGAACUUGGUGAGCUAGAGAGAGAAAUUUUGAAGUAUUUGCCGAAAAUCUCCAAACGCUAUGGCGAAGAAGGACUGAAUGGCGCAAGAUCUAUAAAAAUAACUUUAGAAGGCUCAGCCGGUCAAUCGUUUUGCGCGUUCCUCGCCAAAGGUAUUACAGUGGAGUUGGAAGGUGAUGCGAAUGAUUACGUUGGAAAG